AUGACCAUCACACACUUGCGCAAUAAUCGCACACAGACAAAUUUCAAUCAGUCUCAUUUUUUAUUUUUUUUUGAUACAGUCAAUCAGUCUCAUUAAUUAACUAAUACAACUAAAUUUCCGAACGAGAUCUAAGAUCUCCAUUCUCGGAAUUUGAGGGUUUUGUAAAAAAAAUCUUUAUAUUUAAUUUCAAUUUAUUUUUUUCAUUUUCCAUUUUGCCGGGAGAAAAUAAAAAGUGAGAGCGCUUACAAUUUCGCAUCAAAAUUUUGAAACAUUUUUCACCUAAACCGCGCUUCAUAUCUUUCAACUCAAUUUUCAUUUUCGCGAUUCCCCCCUUUUUUUUCUUUCUCUCUCUAUAUUCUCUCAAAUCUCAUUCAUUCACUUCAAUUCCAAAAAACUUUCCAAAUCCAAUUCUUAAUUAUUCUUAGGGUUUUUUUCUUUUUCUCUCUUUUAGGGUUUCCGAUCUAUUCAUUCUUUCUUUCCCCUAAUCCAUGGCUACCGAAACCCUAGACGAUAAUCAACCUUCUCUUCCUGAGAAACUCGACGAUCCUGCUCCUGCUGCUGAUGAUGAAACCAAAUCGAAAGAAGAAGAUGAAGUAGUAGCUGCUGAACAAGAUGCUGCUGUUGAAGUUGAUGAAUCUAAAGAUGAAAAGAAAGAGAUCGGUGAAGAAGAUGAUUCCGAUGCUGAUGAAGGUGGAGAUGAUGAUGAGGAGGAGGAAGAGGAAGAGGCUAAGGAGAGUGGUAAGAAGUUGAAGAAAGACACGGUGUCGGAGAAAAAGAGUCCGGUUACUCCGACGAGUGAUAGGCCGACUAGGGAAAGGAAAACGGUGGAGCGUUAUUCUGAGCCGUCUUCUUUUUCGUUGGGAAGGUCUUCUUCCAGCAAAGGUUUGGUAAUUGAAAAGGGACGUGGUACUCAGCUUAAGGAUAUUCCGAAUGUGGCUUACAAGUUGUCCAAGAGAAAACCUGAUGACAACCUGCAUAUGCUACAUAGCAUACUAUUUGGGAAGAAAUCAAAGGCACACAAUCUAAAGAGGAACAUAGGCCAGUUUUCUGGUUAUGUGUGGGCUGAAAAUGAGGAAAAACAAAGGGCAAAGAUAAAGGAGAGGAUUGACAAAUGUGUGAAAGAAAAGUUGAUUGUCUUCUGCGAUGUUCUUAAUAUUCCAAUAAACAAGGGCAGUGUGAAGAAGGAGGAACUGUCUGUAAAGCUGUUGGAGUUUCUGGAGGCCCCACACGCCACCACUGAUGUUCUGCUUGCUGAAAAAGAACAGAAAGCUAAGAAGCGAACUAAAAAAGCAACCCCUAGCAAAUCUCCUGGAGAAACAUCUGCUGGAACACCGGCAAAGAAAAAGCAAACUCCGCAAUCAGGAAAAAAGCGAAAACAGUCUUCUGACGUUGAAGAAGAUGAUAAAGCUGAACUUUCAGAUGCAAAGGACGAUUCCCAAGAAGAGGAAGAUGUUGCAGUGGCAAAUAGUGGAAGUGAUGACGAGGUUGAUAAAUCAGAGGAAGAGGAAGAUACAUCAAAGGCUCGUAAGAGUUCGUCAAAAAAGUCUGUGAAGGAGGGUUCAGUUGCCAAAGCUGGAGUUAAAACCCCAUCUGCUAAAAAGACCUCUGCAAAAGCUGCCAAAAGCAGUGAAAAAUCUCCAAAAAGUCUGGUUCCCAAAAAGUCUGUUGCUGAUCAGGAUUCUGCUUCUCUUUCCAAGUCAAGUCAACCUGCAACCAAGAAACAGAAAACUGGAAAUGAAAAGCAAGACACUAAGGGGAAGACUGCAAGCAAAACCUCAAAGGCUCCUGUUAAGGAUCAAGUAAAAGGUAAAAGUAGUAAGAAGUCCAAGGGAGAGCCUAGUAGGGAGGACAUGCAUGCAGUUGUAGUUAAAAUUCUGAAGGAAGUAGAUUUCAAUACUGCAACUUUGUCUGAUAUCCUCCGCCAACUUGGUACACAUUUUGGCCUUGAUUUAAUGCAUAGAAAAGCAGAGGUGAAGGAUAUCAUUACAGAUGUAAUUAAUAACAUGUCUGAUGAGGAAGAUGGAGGCGAGGAAGAUGAUAAUGAUGGUGAUGGGGAUGAUGCUGGCAAAGACAGCGAUGCCAGUAAUGACGAUGAUGCUGAGUAAUUUUAGAUGGAAAAAUAUUGACUGCCGAAACUAAAAGAAUGUGGGGUCAUCCCAUAUAGCUAAAUUUUAUGUUCUUCUCCUGUCAGCUGUCUAUACUGGUUAAGCUUUGGUAGGUAUAUUUGGUUUGAGUUGUGACCUUUGCUAUGAUAGAUCCUGGAAACUAGGACUGUGCUCUGUGUACCAUAUUUAGAUUUAACUUGCUCCUCUGUAUUACAGAUGUGUCAUUUUAUUUCUGAUGUUGAAUAGUUUGUUUUUUCACCUGCCUGUAAACAUCAUUGCCUACUAGUUUAGAUCAAUGUUAAAUUUAUUUGUUAGAA